AUGCAGAAACGCGCUGUGAGGGCCAUUGUACAGGUAUCGCAGCGAACAACUGUUAGGCCUCACUUCAGAAACCUAAGUAUACUCACCCUGCCGUCCAUAGUAAUUUACCAGGUAGCUAUAUACACGCGCGAGAACCUGGACUCAUUUGUGAGACAUAGGGAUCGUCACAACUAUAAUACUCGCUUCGCCGAAGCACUAGUAUCGACUGCAGGUAGACUACGAAACGACGAGACCCGCGAGAUCGACGGGCGGGCGCGUUCCGAGUCCGGGGACACAGACUCUGUGUAUCACGUCAGGGGAGCGUUGCACGACCCUCGGUGGAGAGACCACCAGUCAAGUUCCUCUCGACGCCCCAAGCGCGGCUGGCCCGCCGUGAGGGCGUGGUGCGUGGCGUGGUGGCACUCCGGCAGGGAGGACCAGGAGGACACCGAGCCGGAAGAGGAGCCCUCCGACCCGGGGUAUGCCACGCCCGUGUCUGUGGAGACGCCGCUGCAGAGCUCUGUAUCCAGAUGUACGUCGUUAAACGUCAUCAGGGAUCCAUACGCCACGCGCGGCGGCUCCGGCGGCUCCACAGGUCCUGACGGAGGAACUUCCCCUCUCCGCAGAACCUACGACCCUCCCCCUGGCAGCAUCCCAGCUGCCCGGGACAGCCGGUCCCUCCCACCAAACACAAGAAUCAACUCUACUACCUCACCAGCACCAAAAUCUGCCUCUGCCGACUCUGUCUACACCAUCGUCAUACGCCUACCUGACGCGGACUCUGACAGAGCGACAAUCAAAAUGAUCACCGAAGAAUCACCACCCACCAACACGAGAACGCACUAUCGACCGCCUGCGAGGGGUGAUUCAGAACUGAAUCUCCACCCAGCCGGUCACCCAGCGCUCACGAGAAGAACGUCGCACAUACAAGACGUAAGAAUACCUUUAAAUGCAAAGAUUAUCCCGAAGCAGCUAGCUGGGAAGGGGAUAACUUCGAAACAGCCGAAGAAGAAGAAAACGCAAGAGAAGAAACAGGAAACGAAAGCUGCGAAAACGCUUUCAGCUAUUCUCCUAUCUUUUAUUAUAACUUGGACGCCUUAUAACAUUCUGGUGCUCUUGAAACCUUUGACGGCGUGCACGAGGUGCAUACCUGACGAGCUCUGGUCUUUCUUUUAUGCUUUGUGCUAUAUCAACUCCACAAUAAAUCCGGUUUGUUACGCUCUGUGUAACGCCACGUUCAGAAGAACAUACGUUAGGAUCUUGACUUGUAAAUGGCACAACAGAAAUAGAGAAGCGAUGACUAGAGGUGUGUACAAUUAAUUUGAUAGGAAAACUUGGUUUUUGAGCUUCAUGGUGUAUUUGGUGCGUAGGUUAUCUGAGGGGUAUGGUGUGAUGUGUGAUGUGAACUUUAGUGAUGCCAAAAUGAAGAUUGCCCAAUUUUGGUAUCUAAGAUGCUUCGAUGGUACCGAGUUGAUACACCUUCAACCAGCCUGGGUUACCAACUCUAAAGAUUAAAGUACAAAACUUACAAUACCUCUAUAUUUUUCGCGUAACCAGCAAUACUCAAAGCUCCACUGUAUGAACUCGGUGCUCUCCAUGUGUCUACUAAAGUUAACUUUAAACAUUUUCUAAAAGUGAACUAAAAUUUUAACUAAAUGUAUUGUGGUAAAACCUGUGAAAUGUCUGUUCGUUGUUUUCCCCACUAAAAGCAAUCACGAAGCUUUUCGUUUCCAUAGUGAGUUAAUCAUCCCGUCCAUUCGUAGUGGUAUCAUUUAUAGAUUUCGCGUUUUGUGAUAUUCUUGUGUUAGAAGAAUUCUACGUUGACGAUUCCACUCUCUGAUAUUUUAAGUCUUCUGUUUUAAGAAGAGAUAUAUUAAAUCGCGAAGGGUUAAUUGACCUUAUAAAUGCCCGAAUAUUAAUUUAAGAGUGAUUAGUAUUAGAGUGAUAAACGCUGAAAAUAGAGGCGUAAAGUGGGUAGAAACAAAUCUAGUCUUUAAUCACGAUUUAAUUGUAAUUUCUCUAGUCAAAGAUUCUCUAUACGGUGUUCUGAAAAGGUUUGAGCUUCUAGGGUUAAAAUUGACGAAUUUAGAGCAGGGAUUGUUUCAUUAUUACUUUUGUUAACAACUAAAAAGAUAUCUUGAAAAUAUUUUGCGAAUAUUGUGUUUAUUUACAGUCAAAUUAAAAGUAUCACGUCAUCUUAAGUUUUUAAUUUAAGUCAAUAAAUCGCUGAUUCAGUCUAGGUAUCAAUGCCAUAUAAAUGGCACAUGCUAAUAAAAUGUUUGACUUAACUUAAAAUCUUAAGAAUAUUCAAAUUGGCGAGCCAAGAUCCAUAGAAAUCUAUCUGUCAUUUAACUAAACAUAUUGAAGCUGACGUGUGUGUAAGCAUACAAAGUUGCUUUCUUCUUAUCAUAAUAGCCAAUGAUAGCCAACUGCUGGACAUAAGCCUACCCAAAAAGCAGGAUCCCCCGUUCUUAUCCAGCCACUUUUUUCAUUCACGGCCACGGCUUUUACAUUCUUUUGAGGACGUCGGUCCAUCGAGCAAGAAGGCUUCAUACACCUACGUAACGGGAAAACCAGUUCACUACAUCCUCUAUCAUUAUUUAAGACAGACAGUUCGGCCCACUGCCACUUUAACGUGCUAAAUGGACUAUGUCCAUCACUCUGGUCUUCUUCGGUCCGGGUUUUAUCCUAUUACGAGAUCAAAAUUAUCAACCUGCUUGCUGAGUGACGAAUAAUCGGUGGGUCAGUUACUUAGAUUCCGUCGUUCUUUGCUCAUAGGACUAAAAAUAUGACAUGGACUUCUAUGGUCUACCUUUGCCAAUCAAAAUGUUUUAUCCAUUGGCCUUUGGGAGUUUAUUUCAUUGAAGAGCGUUGACAAGUCAAGAGAGAGUCCUGAGCCUUGUUUUGGAUUUAGUAAGCGUUUAAACUAAACAUUUAUUUAUAAGACUUUAAUUGUAACAUUUCUAAGCAAUAUUUAAACUGUGUAUUAUCUUCGCGUGGGAUUACAACUAAAAUACUUCGGUAGUUAAAACAUAUUUUAAUAGAUAUCUUAAUUGUGAAAUUUUAAUAAUAAAUGCGGUUAGAUAGCAAUGCAGUAGCAUCAAAAAUUAUAGAGUAUUCAAAAAUUUCAAAAUAUCUGAUAAUCACGACAAACAAAUUCAGUUUCAUUCUCCAUUAUAUUUUUGAUUGAUAA